AUGCCGACCUUUGGAGGUCUCCUCAAGAAAAAGAAGACCAAGGAGUCUUCUGACGACAAGUCCGCUCAAUCAGGUGGAGGCAGUUAUCAGCCUAUUCAAUACAAGUCCUCACAUAAGACCGACACCUCAUCGCCUGUCCCUUCCAAGACUACAGGCGCCUCCGAUGUACCCUCCCAAGCCACCACGGCUGUGACAACCACCUCCACUCCAGAACCUCAUGCCAAGACGGUCGAAAGCAACGGCGGCGUCGAUAUGAACGCUGCUCCUGUUGUCAGCCCUACUGGGGGCGUGGUGGAUUCCAAGCCGGUGCAGAGACAAACGAAGGGCAAAUACACCCUCUCGGACUUUGCAAUCCAGAGGACCCUGGGCACGGGCUCGUUUGGGCGGGUGCACCUGGUCCAGUCAAAACAUAACCAACGCUUCUAUGCCAUCAAAGUCCUGAAGAAGGCCCAGGUGGUCAAGAUGAAACAAAUUGAGCAUACAAAUGACGAAAGACGUAUGCUGCAACGUGUCAAGCACCCAUUCCUCAUCACACUGUGGGGAACGUUCCAGGAUUCAAAAAACCUGUACAUGGUCAUGGACUUUAUCGAGGGAGGGGAGCUUUUCAGUCUGCUUCGAAAAUCUCAGCGUUUCCCCAAUCCCGUAGCCAAGUUCUAUGCUGCCGAAGUCACGUUGGCACUGGAGUAUCUGCACGGGCAGAACAUCAUCUACCGCGACCUGAAGCCGGAAAACCUGCUGUUGGAUAGACACGGCCACGUCAAGAUCACCGAUUUUGGCUUUGCCAAAGAAGUGCCUGACAUUACGUGGACCCUUUGCGGUACGCCAGAUUACCUCGCUCCCGAGGUUGUAGCCUCAAAAGGGUACAAUAAGUCCGUGGAUUGGUGGUCUCUCGGGAUCUUGAUCUUCGAGAUGCUGUGCGGAUUCACUCCCUUCUGGGACGGAGGGUCUCCUGUCAAGAUCUACGAAAACAUCCUCAAAGGAAGAGUCAAAUACCCUCCCUACAUUCAUGCUGACGCUCAAGACCUUCUGGUUCAGCUGAUCACAAAUGAUCUGACAAAGAGAUUGGGCAAUUUGCACGGCGGUCCAGCAGACAUCAAAAACCAUGCGUGGUUCGCGGAGGUUACCUGGGAAAGACUGCUGAAGAAAGAUAUUGACGCCCCGUACGUCCCGCCAGUGAAAGGUGGAGCUGGUGAUGCCAGUCAGUUCGACAAAUACCCCGAGGAGACAGAAGAAUACGGCAAGAAAGGAGAGGACCCAUUCGGCCAUUUCUUCGUGGACUUUUGA